AUGUGCUUGAAGUGCUUAAUCCUGUUUAUUUUGAUACUUAUUUCUCGUUGCUCCUAUGCUGAAGUGCUUAAACCGAAGGAGAUUUUUCUUCGUGAGCAGCUCAUGGACCACCUAUUUAAAAACUAUCAGAAAUAUGAAAUUCCUGGGAUUUUCAAUAGGACUACGACCGUGGUUACGGUCUAUAUGACAAUUACAGAGAUUACCUCAAUCGAUGUACGCAUGAUGGACUACACAACAUAUCUUCUUCUUCGACAGGAAUGGCAAGAUCCACGAUUGGCUUGGAAUCAUAUCCCGCGUUUUCGGAAUUAUACCAAGAGCCUGUCCUCCCCAAGGUUGAAAGAUCAGCUCUGGCUGCCUGACUUGUUUUUCCGGAAUGGAAAGGAGGGACGCAUUCAUCAGAUGACCUUACCUAAUUACUUGACACGAAUCUCACCGGACGGAAAUGUUCUCUACAGUCAGAAGAUAACAAUGCGUUUUUCUUGUCAGAUGGACUUAAAAACAUUCCCUAUGGAUGCUCAAACGUGUCAUAUUAAUAUCGGAAGUGUUGGAUAUUCUGUCAACGAGCUGCGAUUUAUCUGGCGUGCUGACCAACCAAUAGAAUUGGCCAAUGGAAUGCAAAUAGCCGAAUUUAGCAGUCCAGAGCGUGUUGAAGCUCUUGAUUGCAAUGAUUUUCCAACAGAUGAGAAUUCUUCCUGUCUAACAGCUACAUUUGUCCUGUCAAGACAACUAGGAUCUUGGUUCUCUAGUGUCUAUAUAACGAACUUCCUGAUUGUGAUCGCUUCCUGGCAUAGUUUUUGGGUGGAUAUUGAGGCCCAGCCUGCUAGGGUGUCUCUGGGAUUGCUAACACUCCUUGGACUAAUAACACAGGCCUCUGGAAUUUCUGCAAACCUUCCACGAGUAUCGUACAUAAAAGCUAUUGACGUGUGGAACAUCGCUUGCAUCACUUUCAAUGUUAGUGUGCUGAUUGAAUUUGCAGUUGCAUCGAAUGUGCGCACAAAUCCUGGAAAACAACCAGAAAAGUGGCGGUUGAACGCUAGGGAUGCGCUGAGAGCAGAAGUCGAAGGAUGGUGUAUUGGAUGUCGAAAGGCUUUUGUGCAACGUCAGAAAAACGCUCGUGGAGGAUCAGGAAGCGAUCUGGAAACAGCUCUUAUCCACGCUAUUUAUCCCGAUGUCGCAAGUCGAGCUAACCUCUUCCCAAAUGAUGUUCUACAACCCGACGAAUUGAAAUCGAGACGAGAUGAAAGCGCCGAAAGAGAGUCAAGUGAUAAUGACAGCGAAAUAAUCGAUCUAGGACAAGUUUCAGAUGAUGGAGAAGGUGAAGAUGUGGAAGAAAAGAAGAAAAUGAAACCUAAAAGGAGAGUGCCAAAAAUCGACGUCUACAGUAGAUACCUCGAAACUCAUACCUCAGAAUCCAUAAAGAUGUUGUCCCUCUUUCUUCUUCUCCCCCUUGCUCGUCUAAUUCUUGCUCAAACUAAUGAAACCUUGGGAGGGGCUAAUUCUACAUCUAUGAGAGAACAGAUCAUGGAUUACUUAUUUGAGAACUAUCAAAAGCACGAAAGACCAGGAGCUGCAAUCAAGGAGCCGACGGUGGUAAUUGUCUACAUUACAGUUACUGCUAUCACAUCGGUUGAUGUAAGAAUGAUGGAGUACACUGCAGACAUGAUGCUAAGACAGGAAUGGAAGGAUGUGCGCCUUGCCUGGGAUAAACACCCGAUUUUCAAGCAAUACAAUAGAAAUCUCGUUGCCCCUCAGCUGAAAAAUGAGCUAUGGUUGCCUGAUCUCUUCUUCCGAAAUGGAAAAGAAGGUCGACUGCACAAGAUGACAUUGCCGAAUUAUUUGAUCCGUAUUUCUCCAGAUGGAAAUAUCCUCUACAGUCAGAAGAUAACCAUGAGGUUUUCAUGCCAAAUGGACCUAGCUAACUUCCCGAUGGAUAGCCAGGAUUGCAAUAUGAACAUCGGUAGCUAUGGAUACGAGUAUUCAGAGCUUCAGUUUGUUUGGAGGAAUGAAACACCGGUGUCAAUGUCUUCAGGAAUGCAAAUCUCAGAGUUUAACAGCCCAGAAAAUGUAAUUUCCUACGAUUGUAGUGCGGAAUCGUCAACUUCGACUGGAAAUUACACUUGCUUGGAGCUGAGAUUCACCCUCUCUCGUGAACUUGGGUCCUGGUUGUCUAGUGUCUAUAUUCCCAAUUUCCUAAUCAUUAUCGCGUCAUGGCACAGCUUUUGGGUAGAUCUUGAUGCCAAACCUGCUCGAGUUACUCUUGGAUUGUUGACUCUUUUGAGUAUCCUGACUCAAGCAUCUGGUGUAUCAAGCAGUCUUCCUAGAGUAUCCUACAUCAAGGCUAUCGAUGUCUGGAACAUUGCUUGCAUUAUUUUUGAUGUCGGAGUGUUGAUCGAAUUCACUAUUGCUUCACAUGUUGCUCGAAGGAUCAAAACAGAAGAUUGGAAGGACGAUGUCCGCAAUGCGGUUCGUCAUGAGUUAUCGAGAUGGUGUACAACUUGCCAACAAGUAUUCUAUCAGCGUGGUCCUUCGGCAUCUGGGAUCUAUCUUUCAUCAGCUGGAUAUCCCGAAGCAAGUCCUCGCAAAUACAUCGACUCGGCCAACGCUACGGCUUUGGCUUUAAAACGAGGGAAAUUGGAGUUCUGUGAGGAAAUGGAACGAAUUCUCAUCGAAGUCUUCUUACCUGAGGAGAUGAGCAAGUCCAAAAUCUUUCCAGCUGAUAUCGGACAGAGUAAGGCAGAUCUUCAACAGAAUAUGAUUACUACGGACUCUCUUAACGCGGCCUUGCUACCUCUUGAAGAAGAUCAUGAUUUUCCCGUGCCAAAGAGUGAAGAAUUGCCCACGCGGAAACCGAAGAAGAUAUCGGAAAUCGAUGGUUAUAGUAGAUUUCUUUUUCCGGCCUGUUUUACGCUCUACAAUUGCUUCUAUUGGCUCUAUUAUUUAGUGCUUGUUAAUGAGAAAAAAUAG